GCUGACAAGAAAAGUGGAUGUGAUGGAUGCCAUGGUGCAUAAAUGGAGAGAACAGAGUAAGAUGAAGAUGUUAACUUGUGGGAUACAUAAUCCUGUGAAGCAGAGAUCCCCAAAUAAUCUGUGGAUUCCCUGCCUGGACUCCAGCAGGACGGGAGGGGCUUGCCUGGGGGAGGCCUGCGCUGGGUUCAGAGUCAUGACAAGAGCCAUAUCCAAGGAAGGAGAACCCAAUGGGGCCACCACAUCUCCUGAAGAGAUAGAAAUGGAGGAAAUGGAAGAGAGAGGCCAGUGGCGGAACAAAAUGGAGUUUAUGCUGUCUGUGGCUGGGGAGAUCAUUGGCCUGGGUAAUGUGUGGAGGUUCCCAUACCUCUGCUACAAGAAUGGUGGUGGAGCCUUCCUCAUCCCUUACCUCAUCUUCCUCUUCACCUGUGGGAUCCCCCUGUUCUUCCUGGAGACAGCGCUGGGACAGUACACAAGCCAGGGAGGAGUGACUGCCUGGAGAAAGAUCUGUCCCAUCUUUGAAGGAAUUGGAUAUGCCUCCCAAAUCAUUGUGGGAUAUCUGAAUAUCUAUUACAUCAUCAUCCUGUCCUGGGCACUCUUCUACCUGUUCAGCUCCUUCACUUCAGUGCUACCAUGGGCCAGCUGCAAUAACCCCUGGAACACAGAUCUCUGUGUGGACAUUCUGAAUAGAUCCAGCCUGGACAACAGGACCUUGCCUUCGAACACCACCUCCUCAAUGAUUGAGUUUUGGGAGAAGCGAGUCCUGGGGCUCACGGAUGGUAUUCACAAACUGGGCACUGUGCGCUGGGAGCUGGCUCUGUGUCUCCUGCUGGCCUGGAUCAUCUGCUACUUCUGCAUCUGGAAAGGGGUCAAGUCCACAGGCAAAGUCGUUUACUUCACUGCCACCUUCCCAUAUGUGAUGCUCCUCAUCCUGCUGGUUCGAGGGGUGAUGCUGCCAGGGGCUGCUGAGGGGAUCAUCUUCUACCUGAAGCCAGACAUCUCCAGGCUGGCAGACCCACAGGUCUGGAUGGAUGCAGGCACUCAAAUCCUCUUCUCUUAUGCCAUCUGUGAGGGGUGCCUGACAGCUCUGGGCAGCUACAACAAAUACACCAACAACUGUUACAGGGACUGCAUCAUGCUCUGCUCCCUGAACAGUGCCACCAGCUUUGUUGCUGGCUUUGCCAUUUUCUCUGUGCUGGGCUUCAUGGCUCGAGAGCAGGGCGUACCUAUUUCAGAAGUGGCCGAAUCAGGUCCUGGCCUGGCUUUCAUAGCAUAUCCAACAGCAGUAACAAUGAUGCCUGUGUCUCAGCUCUGGUCCUGCCUCUUCUUCCUCAUGCUGAUCUUCUUGGGACUGGAUAGCCAGUUUGUCUGUGUGGAAAGCAUGGUGACAGCUAUUAUUGACAUGUUCCCAGGAGUGUUUCGGAAGAGGGGCCGUCGGGAGCUGCUGAUCCUGGCCAUUGCAGUCAUAGGCUACCUGCUGGGCUUACUGCUGGUCACUGAGGGUGGCAUGUACAUCUUCCAGCUCUUUGAUUACUAUGCUGCCAGUGGCACAUGCCUGCUGUUCCUGGCUAUUUUUGAAGUUGUCUGUAUAGGAUGGGUGUAUGGUGCCAACCGCUUCUAUGACAACAUUGAGGACAUGAUUGGCUUCCGGCCGUGGCCCUUGAUCAAGAUCUGCUGGCUGGUGUUCACCCCGGGUCUGUGCUUGGGCGUCUUCCUGUUUUCCCUGAUCAAAUACACACCCUUGAAAUACAACAAUUCCUACGAGUACCCACCCUGGGGCUACAUGCUAGGCUGGCUGAUGGCACUCUCCUCCAUGGUCUGUAUUCCUCUCUAUGCCAUCUUCAUCCUCCUGAAAACCAAAGGACCCCUGAAACAGCGACUGAUGCAGCUGAUUUCCCCGGCGGAGGAUCUGCCGCAGCCCAGGAAGAAGCACGUGGCCAGGCCGUCCGAUCUGAGGCGUGAGGGAUGGACUCCUCCAGUCCAGGAGGUGCUCAGCAUCACAGAGAGAGAAACACACUUCUAAGGCACCUGGGAUGUUUCCUUCAUAACCCAGACUGAUUUGCUCUCUCCUUCCUAAAGUGGUUUCUUUUCCCUUCUCUCCUUCACGUCUGUGACGGGAGCAUCUGGGACAAUUGCUCUCCUUCCAGCCAGCUGGUUGCACCCACUGGAAACAACAUUUCUUUUACACUCUGGGGACUACUCUUGCUGCCAGCAGCUGUGGAGGCUGCACUAGGCUUUUGUCAGAAGUGCCCUUCAGUACUGUCACCAGUUGGGAAGAGUAAAACAACAUUUUAGAAAAAAAGGAAAAAAAAAGUGCAUUCAUGUUGGGAGGAGGAAAAGAAACCACAGUGGCGAGGGUGGUGAGAGAGAGCAGAGAUUAAAGUGUGAAGGAACCAAGUUAGGAAUGCAAAAGCAUGAAACGAUGGGGCGUUAUCCAGGAAAUAAGUAGGUUGGUUCAGAAGUACAUGAGAAGCUGGAGGAUGACAAAGCAAAGUGCAUCACUAGCUCACCUCUGUACAAGGGAGAGAGAGCCAGGAACAUAUCAUAGCAAAUAACAGAAGGAGGCUGCAGUGUCUGUGGUUACAGCUUCAGCUGUCACUGGAAGGGAAAGGAAUGACAGGGUGCUCGAUGCAAUCCUAGUUGUUGAUGACUGAUCUCAAGCCAGUAUCAAUCUGCAAAAGGGGGUGAGGAAUGACUAUCUAGGGGACUUGCUCUUGGUCAAAACUGCAUGGCCCUGUGAAAACAAUGAAUAUUUGACAGUUCUUUCAGAAAAUUCAUGCACUGCAAGAGAAGUCCCAGAGCAGUUGGUAAGAAAAAGAGUUGCAGCACAGCUGGGAAAAUGAGACCCUGAGGACUGCACGCCCACAAAUUUAACAGCACUGUUAGGGCAUUUUGUAGAGGAAUUAUUGAAGGAGUUGGUGGGCCUGAUCCUGCUCUGCAGAGUAACUUUGGGAAGAGGGUGGGAGAAUGAUUGCAUUCCCUGGGCUUUGCUGUGGAUGACUUCUCAGCGGAUAAGGAAGACAUAAUCAGGCACAAUAAUUAUCAGUUCAGGCAAGAUAAAUCAAAAUUAAUAGGUAAUAUAGGUUCAUUGGAAGCAGAUUGUGUCAAAUUAGAGGUUGGUUGUUGCCUGGGUAGUCAAAAAUGUGAGGCAAUGGGUGGGAGGAAAUGUGCUCUGAUGCCAGGUUUGGUGCAGUGCCAGAUGUGUCUGUCCUGUGGAGGCUGGGGCUGUAAAGCUGCUGCCAAAUCCUGCUUCAGUGCCUAUCAAAAAUUCACAGCUGAAGCCAUCAGAAAAGCCAGUGGCAGGACGCACCCGGGUGCUGUGCUGUGUCCCAGGGUACAUGCACUGGUGCAUGGCUGUGCUGCAAUAUUGGUGCAUCCAACCAUGCCAGAGAAUGGCCUUCAGAAUGAAUCACAGGUGCCACAGGCUCCUUUCCUUGUUCCAAGUAAUUGCUUUUCCCUGUGCUGUGUGGAGAUAAACGACCAGCACUGAAAGUAAGCAUGGAAAUCAGGCCUCAUCUGUGCAGCUCGGUACCUAUUCCAAUUGCUAUGGGAACCUUAUCUGCUGCAGUUUCCUCUGAGUUUAACUGGAAAAUUAGCAUAGGGCAAUCUUUUCCCUGUUUAAUUUCCUUUCCUUUAAAAACUAAAAACUACAAACUGCUGGUAAAAUGAAGGCUGAAAGUCAAGUAUCAGAAUUUGUACCUCUCUGGGACAUUAUCAUUUGAGAUGUUUCAAUGUGGAAGAUGGAGAAAACUGGCAAACCUCAUUCACAUUCCCUGCAAAGGAUUGCAGCACCACAUAAGACACCAUUUAUUGUAUUUUUAUUUCUUGAAGAGCUGAAUGUCAUGCUGCAAGUAGCUCUGGGAAGAGCUUAGCACCCAGAGGUUUGCAGUCAGGCCUCAUGGGAAGCAGUUUGGUGAUUUUUCCUCUCCCUCCCAUCAAUGUUACUCAUAAUUUGGUGGAGGAAGCAGCUCCCCCCAGUCUUGAUUCUUGUACAAUCCUUGGUAGGACAUUUAACCCCUUUGCUCCUGCUGCCAUGUUUUUAAGAUGGGAGGUAGUGUCAUGCUGUCAGAGAAGUCAUGGACAUGUGUUCACUUCUUUUUCUGAGGCAGUUGAGUAACACUGCAAAAAUCCUAGGUAGAAACAAAUACCUCUUCAGUUUUUGGAACACAAACAUGGUGCUGUGUUACUGACUGCAUGAUCUUGUUCCUCCUGCUUUUGCAUAAUCUGACAACAGCAUCCCACCUUUGCCAGGAAACGACUUAUUUUUAUAAAGCUAGAGGAGGUAUUGCUGUGCCCAUUGAAAGCAGUCAUAAAAUUUCCAGGAUCAGAAAAUUAAUCCAAAUGGAAUUGACAAAGUUUCAGGAAUUUGAAGUCAAAUCUCAGUGGCCCAAUGUCAUUUAAUUCCCUUUUCUUUAAAAACUAAAACACCCACAUACACCCAGCUGGGGGAACAGGAGGGAAUGCCAUCAGUGGCUGUCUUUUGCUGUGUAGCCCCCAGCACAAUUAGAGACUGAGUAGUGGUUUGUUAGAUUUAUAUAAAUGUCUCAUGCAUUGCUGCAUGCAUGUGACAGAUCUGACAGGUCUCCAUCAACCCCUGGAACUGGACACCUCUGGAGACCUCUGAGUCUGAUGGAAAACUGCUCCUGCCCUGCACACCACCAGGAAUACAUUACUGGAGGGUUGGUAUGAAGAGGAGGGAGAGAUUUUUUUUUUUUUUCCCCUGUAAUUAUUGAUAACAUGCCAAGACAUGAUUUGGUUUCCAGUUUGUUCUGGUUUUGGUUUUGGUUGUUGGUUUGUUGUUUUUUUUUUUCUUCAUCAAAAGGCCAUUUUCACUCCUCUCUCCAGAAGGAAAAGAACAGAGUGUUAAAGAAGAAAUCAAGCCAAAAGGUCAUGUGUAUUCCUUCUCCAUCCUGUUAUUCCUGUUUCCCUCCACUUCAGUCUUCGCUCCCUUCUUCCUUUGACGGUGACAAAUGGCAAAAAAAGAAGAAAAUGGUCAUUGAAAACUUGUACUGGACAAAAUUUAAAAAAAGAUAAAACAAUCAGAUAUCAUCAGGAUAUCUUCAACUUUUGUGACUCCAACCCUCAACAUAGUUUUCUGGGGAAGGAGAAUUGCAGUGGGAAUUCUUGGCUCUCAAACGUUCUUCUGUCCCAGGUGAUCCUGGUAGCACUCAGGCAAAGGACAGUAAUCUGCUGUAGGCUGCAUGUGCUUACAUGUGGUAACCUUUACAAAUUAGCUAAAUUGUUUUUGAGUGGGGUAAGAGGGGAGUGAUGUUCAUCAAAGGAGAAGCUAAAAUGAUAACAUAUUUCAAAAAGAUUAAAAUUUAAGACUCGAGAGGCUGAGGAAAUGUGCAUCUGCUGCUAUCCAGUUCCCUGUCCAGGGUUGCAGGAAUAAGCUUGAGGUAUUAAAGAAAAAAACUUUACUCCUGAACCUGCCAAGGGAAGAGAAGAAAUGUGCAUGGAUGGACACAGCAGAGGUUGUUUUGCUUUGUUUUACUUUUUAAAUCCACAAUAAGCCCUGCCCCCUCAACUGCUUGAGCAUGAUCCUGGCUCUGGUUUGAAUCCCUGACCCACAAGUGCAAAGGAGGACAUGCAUUUUCAGAGCUGUCUGUUCUGGUUUGUCAAGCCUGAGCUUGGAAAGCUAUGUGGAAAGGAAAGGGAUUCCCAGGGAGAAAUGCUUUCAAUGUCUGUUUAAAGCCUGUUGUGGGCAAUUCCAUCCUGUCUUGGUUUUGGUGACAUGCCAAGACCAUUCUGCUAAAUGGCUGAUGGCUUUUUGAUUCUUUUCUCCUGUUUUGUUUUGGUUUUUUAUAGGCUGUAGAAUGGUUUCCUGCCCAGCCUGGGUGACAGCCAGGAUGGGAGCUCUGGACUAGGAUGGCUGGUUUGGACCAGAGGCGUGCUUACGCUCAAUCAUUAUUUUCCAGUGGCCACUAAACUUUUCCAAAACAUACUUUAUUGAGUGUGCAGCUUUUGUUGUACCACGGUGUCGAUAGUGGCCUCUGGAGGAGCAUGGGAGAUUACAGGCCAUCUGGUGCCUUUCUGGACCUCAUAUUUCAACAGGACAUGAAAUAAGCUCCUUUUGUCUCAUGGAGAAAUAAACCCUCCCUCAAGAAUAAAAGCAACCUGUCACUUUCACAUAUCCUGGAGAAGGGCCAUUGCUGCAACAUGAGCUUCCUCCCCACAUUCUAGCUUUGAAGUGAGGAUGACCUGAGAGCUGGAAGGAGGGUUUCUUGAUCAAGCUCUCCAGAAGCAGAGCUCUUUAUGCUGGAAUGCUCCAAGCAGCAUGCAUGUGGGUCCAGGAGCUGCUGAAGAGAAAUCCCAUCAGUGGCAAGGCACAGCUGUGGAAAUCAGUAACCCUGGAUUAGCUGGGACAGUGGAAGGCAGCCUGGCAAUGGGAACUGGCCUGAUGCUGGGGCUCAGAACUUUGUGGAAAUCAUGCCCAGGCAGUGUUAGUGUUUUGUGCAGUGCUUUUGGAUGAGGUAUUAAUUCCCCAGACAGUCUAGGUGGCUGUGACUCCUCUUGGCACUGGUGUGAUACAUACAUCAGUCAAGGAACAGGGAGAUGGUGGUGGGGUUCUCUCUUCAUGCUCCAUGCCAUCCUGUCUCAUAUGUCUAUCUCUCAUCACCAACACUGGGCUCUUCCACCCCAAAAAUGCUUUUGCAGGGCUCAGCUUUACACCUGCUUUACACCUUAGCUAAGCAUAAAUUACCAGCCAAGUAAAACGGAGGCUCAGGAGCAGCUUCCAGUUGUCCCAUCCCAUAAACCUCCUUGUCCAGGACCCCAAGCAUGGGAGUCUGUCUCCACAAAGGCAAGCAGUGUGAUCAGGCACAGUUACUUUUUUCAGAACCUCUGGGUGGAGGAUAUUUGAACACUUUCAGAACAUAUUCAUUUUACAGUG